AUGUCUGCCGAAGCCGCUACCGCUCCCGUCACUGACAACACUGUCAACGGCACCCCCGAGGCCAACGGUGCCCCUGCCGCCGCCGCUCCCGAGGCCAGUACUGACGAUGGUGCUGCUACCCCCAGCACUCAGCCCCACUCGGCCUCCCUCUAUGUCGGUGAACUCGACACCUCCGUGACCGAGGCCAUGCUCUACGAGCUUUUCUCCUCGAUUGGCCAGGUCGCAUCGAUCCGUGUUUGCCGUGACGCUGUGACCCGCCGCUCCCUCGGCUAUGCCUACGUCAACUACAACAACACGGCCGACGGUGAGCGCGCGCUGGAGGACCUGAACUACACUUUGAUCAAGGGCAAGCCCUGCCGUAUCAUGUGGUCUCAGCGUGACCCCGCUCUGCGUAAGACUGGCCAGGGCAACGUCUUCAUCAAGAACCUCGACAACGCGAUCGACAACAAGGCUCUCCACGACACCUUCGCGGCCUUUGGCAACAUUCUCAGCUGCAAGGUCGCCCAGGAUGAGUUUGGCAACUCCAAGGGUUACGGUUUCGUCCACUACGAGACUGCUGAUGCUGCAAACAACGCCAUCAAGCACGUCAACGGCAUGCUGCUGAACGACAAGAAGGUCUUCGUGGGCCACCACAUCUCCAAGAAGGACCGCCAGAGCAAGUUCGAGGAGAUGAAGGCCAACUUCACUAACAUCUACAUCAAGAACCUCGACCAGGAGAUCUCCGACGAGGAGUUCCGUACCAUGUUCGAGAAGUUCGGUGAGAUCACCUCGGCCACCCUUAGCCACGACCAGGAGGGCAAGAGCCGUGGCUUCGGCUUCGUCAACUACUCCACCCACGAAAGUGCGCAGGCCGCCGUCGAAGCGAUGAACGAGAAGGAUAUCAAGAGCCAGAAGCUUUACGUCGGCCGUGCUCAGAAGAAGCACGAGCGUGAGGAGGAGCUGCGGAAGCAGUACGAGGCUGCCCGUAUGGAGAAGGCUUCCAAGUACCAGGGUGUCAACCUCUACGUCAAGAACCUGACAGAUGACGUUGAUGACGACAAGCUGCGUGACCUCUUCACUCCCUACGGCACCAUCACCUCGGCCAAGGUGAUGCGAGACUCCGCGAUUGAGCGCACCCCAACUCCCGACUCCGACAAGGAGAAGGAGGCCGCCAAGGAGGGCGAGGAGCCCAAGACCGAGGGCGAGAAGACCGAGAAGACCGAGGAGAAGGAGUCCCAGGAGGACCAGGAUGACGAGUCCAAGAAGGGCGAGAAAAAGGGCUUUGGAAAGAGCAAGGGCUUCGGCUUCGUGUGCUUCAGCAGCCCCGACGAGGCCUCCAAGGCUGUCACCGAGAUGAACCAGCGCAUGGUCAAUGGCAAGCCCCUGUAUGUGGCCCUCGCUCAGCGCAAGGAUGUCCGUCGCAGCCAGCUCGAGGCUAGCAUCCAGGCUCGCAACACCAUCCGUCAGCAGCAAGCCGCUGCCGCCGCUGGCAUGCCCCAGCCUUUCAUGCAGCCUGCCGUUUACUACGGCCCUGGCCAGCAAGGUUUCAUUCCUGGUGGUGGUCGUGGUGGUCUGGCUUUCCCUCCCCAGCCCGGUAUGGUCAUGGCUGGCAUCCCCGGUGGACGCCCUGGCCAGUUCCCCGGUCCCUUCCCCGGUCAGCAGGGUGGCCGCGGCAUGGGCCCCAACCAGCAAAUUCCUCCUAACUUCCAGGGUAUGCCCAUGGGAAUGCAGGGCCCCGGUGGAAUUCCCAACGGCAUGGGUUACCCCAUGGCUCAGGUUCAGGCUUUCGGACGUGGCGGUGGUGGCCGUGGCCAGGUCCCGGGUAUGCCGAUGGGCCAGGGUAUGCGUGGCGGUCCCGGAUACGGUCGUGGUGGUCCUCAGAUGGGUCGUGGCCGUGGCCAGCCCGCUCCCGCUGCUGGUCAGCCUGCUGGUCGUGAUGAGGCUGGUGGUGUCACCCAGGCCCUCACCUCUGCUCCCCCGGCCCAGCAAAAGCAGAUGCUCGGCGAGGCUCUCUACCCCAAGAUCCAGGCUCAGCAGCCCGAGCUGGCCGGCAAGAUCACCGGUAUGCUUCUGGAGAUGGACAACACCGAGCUGAUUGGCCUGCUUGAGGACGAUGAGGCUCUGCGCGCCAAGGUCGACGAGGCUCUUAGCGUUUAUGACGAGUACAUGAAGAACAAGGGUACCGAGGGCGAGGCGACUGACUCCAAGGAGGCCGCCAAGGAGGCUUCGACGGAGGAGAACAAGUCGUAA